AUGAAUGCCGUACGAUCAGCAGGUGGAGGUGGCCAUCGUAGGAGUUACAAAUUACAUAAUGAAAAUUCGAAUGCAAAAUCUCCAGCAAGAAGACCAACAUGUUCAAUAAAAGAAUUAAUGCAACGAACAAAAUUUUCCAAAGAUGAAGUUUGCCAUCUAUAUCGAACAUUUAAACAAGAUUGUCCAUCAGGUGAAAUAACCAAAGCUCAUUUUACAUCAAUCUAUUCAACAUUAUUUCCCAGUGGUGAAUCUUUUCGUUAUUCAGGAUUUCUUUUUCGAAAUAUUGAUCGAGCAGAUACAGGUUGUAUUCGUUUCGAAGAUAUUAUUGUCACACUUUCAGUAUUAACUCGUGGUUCCAUUGAAGAUCGAAUUAAUUGGGUAUUUGAUUUAUAUGAUUUAAAUAAAGAUGGAGUAUUAACAAGACUAGAAUUAGUACAAAUGGUUGCAGCUAUAUUUCAACUGAUUCUACCUGUUUCUAAAAUGAAUUUUGCAUCGAUUACUAAUAUGAUUGAAGAACGAACGAAUCAGAUAUUUAAAAAUUGGGAUACAGAUGGAAGUGGUCAUAUAUAUCGAGAAGAUUUUCUUCGAUAUUGUUUACAGGAUGAAACCAUUCAACAUUCAAUGGAGAUGCUUAAAUCCGGCAUAUGUUGA